UACCUGUUUGUGGCCAGUUUAGAUUCCAUCUUUCUGGACAUGACCUCAUCUCUGAGGAGCAGCAAACCAAUGUAUUAUGGCAAAUAUAAGCUUACAUAAUUACCAAAGGCGAUGGGUGUCACGUUGAAUUGCCAGGUUUGGGUUUACAAAGGGAAAUUCCCGGUGGAAAAUCCAUCAAAACAAACCACUUCACAGACAAAGCCCUGGAACACGGUCGGGACUAGGUCGGGACUAGAUUUGGAGAUGUGACCUAUUAUGCAAUGUGGAAAUAUCGAGGAUAAUUUGAUAAUAGCAGAUAGUUCUAGCGAUUCCAACGCAUCUCUUUCGGACGAUAAUUUAGAGAGGGCGUACAACAGCUCACUAAAAGAAGGAAGCAGCUUACCUUUACUGAAGGAAGAACUGCGUCUCAAGAUACAACACGGACGGCUGGAAAGUGGUCGGGAGGAACUCGUAGUAGCACAAAGUCCACCAAAACCUGACAUUUUGACGUUAGCAGAAGUAUUAAAGAAGAAUCGCCGACGUUACCAAAAUCGCCAGUCAGCGGAUCGGUCGAGACACCGUGGAAGAGAAUACGAAAAACAACUUAUAAAGACAAUUGACGCCCAGGAAAAGCGCAAGGCCGACUUGGAGCAACUUAGAGACCGCCUAAUGGCAACAAAGAAGAUGCUUACAGAGAUGUUAGCUCAACAUUCUAAAUGUUCCAUAAGUAUUGGUAGAGAUUUGAAGGCGCAGAAAUAUAAAUCUCUUCUGGACUCCGAUCGGCGUAAAUAGAUAACAUCGUAUUUGUACACAUGACAACUCUAAAUGGCUUCAAACCUUUAUGUGAUUAUAUAUUGAUUUUCGAUAAGUUUUUACGGUAUAUUCAAUUAGCAUGUUGCGUGUUAUGUUUCAAAGAAAAUUUUUUUGCUAACCUUUUUUUUCGUUAAAAUAACAUACAGCAGACCCACGAAAGAUUGUAUACUAUAUUUAAACAAUAAUAUAAACAAUUAAACACUAUUUUGUGGAAAUGUUGAAUUAGAAAAAUGUGACUUAUGAAUUGUAAUAAAAAAUACGGCUUUACCGUAUGACAACAAAUGCUGAUUUUUUUCAGUCCUACAGUUAUAUCAGCAUUUCGAUCUUUAUCAAGGCCUUGAUUUGGAACUCAUUUAUAAGAUAGGUAUAGGUCAAAUGUCUCGAUAUACAUUAGCCUGUGAUGUACAUGUAACAGGUUAAUGUUGUUGUGCCGUGCAUUUCUCUACAACUUUGUAAUGAAAACUAGCUUGUCUCGCGUGUCAAUCUGCUGGACUUUCCGGUAUAUCAUUCACCAUGGUGCGUAGGUUUACCCUCCCACGACACUUACCAUCGGUGGUACCGUCCGUCGUGCAUCAGGUCUUUUGUAAUGACUAAUAAGUAGUCCUAACCAUAAAUAACUAUUUCUAUAUUAUUUGAAGUGAAAGUGAAAUUCAAGAUGACUGUCAUGAUACCAUCUUUAAAAUAUACUUUGAACUUAUAAAUCCAAUACUAAUAGCUUCAUUAGAUAAGACUAUAUACAUAUCCAGGUGACCUUUAUGCUGAAUAACUUGUUUUUAAAGGUUCAUCUUAAUUACAAGAUGAACACCACAUACAGGUACUAAGUAUAUACAAAUGAUGUGUACCACAUAACUGACUUAUGAAUUUGACCUGUGACAUUAGAUGUUACACAUUGAUAAGAACCAGUUUGACCUGCUUUAUAUUGUAACACAUUUAUUGACAUUUGAAAAAAAAGAAACAUUGAAUUGUUAUACGAUUAUACAAAUUCUAAGUACCAUAUUGCUAAGAAUCGAUUACAAAUUAAAUCUGUCACCUUUAUUGAACUUUAUAUUGACGAGUGGAAACUUUUGUUAUUUGAUAUACAAAUAAAGAUCGUACUUGAGUAUUGAU